CAAGUCGCCUGAACAGCUUCGGACAACAAACAGGUUUUUGAAAAAUGGUUCUCGGAAAAUCUUCGCUCGCAGCUAUCGCGGCUUCGACCAUGCUCGUCUCUACAGCUAAGGGCCACGGCUACAUGACGGCGCCUAAAGUGGAGUUUACCUUUAACGGUGAUAACACGCAGUACAUGGCUACGAUCGAUGCUAGCAAGUCUGGCUUCAGCGGUAUCUUCGGCGGGUCGCCGACGGACAACACAGCUAACUUUAACAAGGGCUUUGCCGCCAGCAAGUACAAAUCACUGAAGGAGUUUAUGAACGACAAUAUGGUCCUCGUGAAUGAGGAUUUCACCAAGGAAUGCGGCUACACCAAUCCGGACGCCACCCCGCAACCUUUGCCCAAGACGUAUGUCGAGUGGAGCCACGGCGCCGGUGAGGGAUUCACAUUAUCCCACGAAGGCCCGUGCGAGGUCUACUGUGACGAAACGCGUGUGUUCCAGGACGACAACUGCCCCAAGAACUUCCCUGCUGCUCCAGCGAAGUUGCCCUUCGACCACGACGCAUGUCUGGGCUCCUCGCAGCUGUCGAUCUAUUGGAUCGCGUUGCACUCACCCUCUUGGCAGGUGUACAUCAACUGUGCUCCUCUAGAGAAGACUACCUCUACUGGAGCCAAGUCCAAGUUCGCUGUCGGCGGCGGUGGCUCUAGCACUACGCCCUCCACUGGGUCUUCGUCGACCGCGCAGGCUACUGACGACUCGUCACAGACCACCGAUGCUUCCUCGUCGACCGAGCAAACUACCGACGCACCCUCAACCCCAACUACGGACGCCCCAGCUGACACUGAGGCUCCAUCUACGCCCGAGUCUCCUGCUACCGAAGCUCCUUCAACACCCGAAUCACCUGCUACCGAAGCUCCUGCAGCACCUGAGUCGCCUGCUACUGAGGCGCCUGCCCCCACUGAAGCCCCUGCUACAGACGCUCCAGCCGGUACCACUGGCGCCAGUCAGACUAGUGACGACACGAGCAAGUGCACGGUCCGUCGCCGUCGUCACCUUCGCAACUAGACGCAAUUAUAGAUCCUUGCCGUUCUUG